UAAAGGUCUGCUGCCAUGGAUAACAUAUUCUCUGUCAUCUCAUUCUGUAUGCUUCUGGGUUUUGCAUUCAUUGAAGCAUCUCAAAAUGGUUCACUCGUAACUCACCUGCCUGGCUUCAAUGGCGUCUUCCCAUCCCAACACUAUUCCGGAUACGUGAGCAUAGGUGAGAAGAAUCUCUUCUAUUACUUUGUUGUAUCGGAAAGAAACCCAGGGAGGGAUCCAGUUGUUUUGUGGCUAAAUGGUGGACCAGGUUGCUCUAGCUUUGAUGGAUUUGUUUACGAACAUGGUCCUUUUAAUUUUCAAGAAGGGAACCCCAAGGGGAGCCUCCCCACAUUGCAUCUCAAUCCAUACAGUUGGUCUAAGGUUUCAAAUAUUAUUUACCUAGAUUCACCUGCCGGUGCCGGCUUCUCCUACUCUCGAAAUGUAAGUGCGUACACAACCGGAGACCUGCAAACCGCAGCCGAUGCACAUGCCUUCCUCCUCAAGUGGUUCGAUCUCUAUCCGGAGUUUGUUAGCAAUCCGUUCUAUAUCGCGGGCGAGUCUUAUGCAGGAAUUUAUGUGCCCACUCUCGGAUAUGAAGUGGAAAAAGGGAUCAAAGUUGGUGCAAACCCCACAAUCAAUUUCAAGGGAUACAUGGUGGGAAAUGGGGUGACUGACCCUGUUUUUGAUGGCAAUGCUCUUGUUCCUUUUGCACAUGGGAUGGCCCUCAUUUCAGAUGACAUUUUCCAGGCAGCUGAAGCAGCUUGUGGGGGAGACUAUUCCAACUCUUCUCAGAUGUGUGUUGAAAAACUAGAAGAUGUUUACACGGCAAUUUCCGGCCUAAAUAUAUACGACAUCCUUGAACCGUGCUACCACGAUCCUACGUCGCAACUGGGCCCUAAACGAAACACCAGCGUGCCCGAUAGCUUCCAGCAACUAGGGGUUACGUCGAGACCACUUGCGGUUAGAACUCGGAUGUUCGGCCGUGCUUGGCCGUUUAGGGCACCGGUUAAGGAAGGCAUUGUCCCUUUAUGGCCUCAACUAGCACAAAACAAUAAAAACUAUGUACCCUGUUUUAACGACGAAGUUGCUACAAUAUGGCUAAAUGAUGCAACAGUUAGGAAGGCUAUUCAUGCCGAACCAGAAAAUGUAGCUGGUCCUUGGGUGUUAUGUACAGGUAGAAUAAACUAUUAUCAUGAUGCUGGGAGUAUGAUUCCGUACCAUAAAACCCUAACAACCGCGGGUUAUCGAGCACUUAUUUUCAGUGGAGACCAUGAUAUGUGUGUGCCUUACACGGGGAGCCAAGCCUGGACCAAGUCACUCGGAUAUAAGACCGUAACUCCGUGGAGAUCAUGGACGUCUAAGGGCCAAAUUUCUGGGUACUUGCAAAGUUAUGACCAUGACAUUACCUUCCUAACCAUUAAGGGUGCAGGGCAUACAGUCCCAGAAUACAAGCCAAUGGAAGCAUUAGAUUUCUAUAGGCGAUGGUUGGAUGAGAAGCCUAUAUGAAAUUGAUGGUACCAUUUCUUUGUCAACCAAAAAAAAAACAU